UGUGCUCUAUAACGAUGAAUAACAUAGAAUUAGAUAAUCUAUAUAUGCGUAUAGCCUUGGUAAAUGGAAUGAGGAGCGUUGAAAAUUUUAAGGUAGGAGUUUGUGUUGUUGAUCCAAAUGGGAAAGUUAUUGCAAUGGGGCAUAACUCAAUUUUACUUCCUAAUCUUCAUAAAACACUCGUCCAAAACAAUAAUGAUUACGCGGUUCGUUACUUGACCAUUGAGUUGGGGAUUGAGACAGCCCUCAAUGAUUCCAACGUUGAUUAUAAAGGUUCUACCGUUUAUGCCACCACUUACCCCACCGCAUAUUGCGCGAAAGAAAUGGUUAAGAAAAAGAUUAAACGUGUCGUAUUUUAUAAUGAUGUAAGGACUGAUUUUCACGACAACUAUUAUGCAAGUACCAGUUCAAUUUUGCAGGAAGGUGACGUUGAGAUAAGUUUCUUUGAAGCUCAAGAUGAUAGACACCCCGAUUACACCGAAAACAACGACACUAAAGCGAUCCGGUUGGCUGCAAAUCUAGUCAAUUUAAAAGAGUACACAACUUAUUUAAUUCGUAGAAUUUAAAAAUGGUAAAAUUCAAAAA